AUGAAUAUUCUUUGGGCAGCUUUGAGUUACAUAUUUUUCAAUUACUACAUAUUUAAAGGACGUUAUUAUUUUGUAUACUCUUUAAAAAUAUAUAAUUUUCAAAAAGAUAAAAUAAUAAAACAAAAAGGAAUUAAUUUGGAUAAUAGGCCCUUAUAUCGGAAUGGGAAAUUUGUUUGCACACAGAAUAAUAUUAAGGACAAUAAAUUGUAUAAAAAAAAACAAGAGCAAAAAAAAAAAAUACUUCAAUUUAUUUAUACUAAUUUUAAAUCGAAUAAAAAGGAUGACAAUAUUUUUCAAAAAAAUAUGUCUCCUUUGCUAAAUUAUUAUAUUAAAUCUACAAAUAUUACUAAUCAGUGGUGUUGUAUAAAAUCUAUUUAUAAUGAUGAAAAUAAUGGAGAAUAUAUUAAUGUUAAUAAUUUAAACACAAUAAAAAAUUUUGAUACAAAAGAAAUAAAAAAAUAUGAAAAAAAUAUAAACAAAAAAAAUAUACAUUCUAUAUUUUUAUGUGGUGGGGUUGGAAAAAGAACUGAAUUAGCAUCAAGAAAACAAUUUUUACAUUUAGACAAUAUUCCUAUUUUUAUAUAUUCAUUUAAUUUAUUUAUAAAAUGCAAUUAUAUUAAAUCAAUUAGUUUAGUUUGUGAUUCAACAUUUUUUCCACAUGUCGUUGAAAAUAUUAAUAUUUAUAAUUCUCUAUUAUUAAAAAAAAAAGUUAAAAAUAAUUUUCUUAAAAUAAUUAAUGAUAAUAUAUUAGAAAAGGAAAAUAAUUUAACUGGAAUAAAUACUCAGCAUAAGGAAGACAAUAUUAAUUCUCUAAAUUCAAAUAACAAAAAAAUUGAACAAAAUAAAAUAACAAUUUUGAAUUAUAUAAAAGAAAAUAAAUAUAUAAUAUAUGAUAAUGAAAAAAACAAAUGUAUUUUUGAGAUGGAAGAAAUAUUAAAUAAUUUAAAAGAAAAAAAUCCUAAUAAUAAAAAACAUAAAAUAAAACCAAAAGACAUUGAUACAAAUAGAUAUAAAUUAAUAACCAUUAUAGAUAGUGGAAAUGAACGAAUUGAUUCUUUUUUAAAUGCGCUUAAAUCGUUAAAUAUUUAUGAAAAUAACCAAGAAUAUAUUUAUAAAGUUUUAGAAAAUUAUUUGAAAAAAAAUCCUCAUCUAAAUUCAAAGUUUAAUAUUGAAUUCGAUUACACUUAUUUACUUAAAAAGGAAAAUAAAUUGAAAAAAGAAAAUGAUAAAAAUUUUGUUAAAAAAAAAAAAAAAUAUAUUACAGAUAUAUUAGUUCAUGAUGCGGCACGCCCUUUUCUUUCAGAAUUCGAUUUUUUUAAUUUAAUAUAUCAAUCUAGUUUGGGAAAAAACGUUAUUUUAGGAACAAAAGCAACAGAUACCAUCAAAUUGUUAAAUAAUAAUAAACAAGAAAAAGAUGGAUGUAACUUGAUUAAAAAAAACAUAGAUCGAAAAGUAAUUUUCCAAGCUCAAACGCCCCAAAUAUUUGAAAGCAAAACCUUAUUAAAAAUUUUACAAUAUUUUGUAUUUCCUUCAAAUUAUAUAACUACAAAUAGCAAUACAUUACUUAACGAAAAUAAAAAAUUACAAAAUACAUCUCAAUUUACAGACACAUCCUCUAUAGUUCAACAUUUUACAAAAAAUAAAAUUACAACAUUGCAAGCAACAUUUCCAAAUUUUAAAAUAACAACGCCUGCAGAUGUUUUUCAAUCUUUUUUUUUUAUGAAAUACAUUUAUAAUAAUAAUAAUGCAAGCAAUGAUAUUUAUCGCAGUUUAUUUAAAGACGAAUAUAUCAAUUCUGAUUCGAGUUAUAUAUUAACAAACCAAUUUAACAAUUUCUUUUUUUAUAAUUCGCUAAAUAAAAAACAAAAAAUUCUGUACCAGCGUUUUUACUAUAGGAAUACCUGCAACGGCGCACUAUGCCCGAUUUGA